UCAUUUGUUUCCUGAAUUACUUUAUGAAACUUUUUGUGAUUCCUUCAAUACCACUGAAUUCUGUAAUUUGUCUCCAUUUAACUUGAAUGCUACUUUUCCAUUCUUCCUAUCAAUUUGGAAGUUUGCAUUUCUCCAUAUUGUACUCUCUCUAAAGUUUUGCCCACUCUCUUAACCCUUGUAGCUCCUUUAACAAAUAACUAUCCUAGCUAUUUUGUCAGCAAAUUUAACUACCGUCGUCCCAUCAUCCAAGACAUUAAUAUAGAUUAUAAAUAGUUGCGAGCCAAGCAAUGUUUCCUGUGGCACUCCACUAACCCUGGUCUGCCAGUCUGAAAAAGAUUAAUUUGUCCUAUUUUGUUUCCUGUCAGACAACCAUUCCUUUAUCCUUGCUAACAUCAUAACCAUUUGCUUUGUGUCACCACGUUUGAUGUGACACUUUCACAAAAGUCUCUUGGAAAUCUAAGAACACAAUGUUUACAGGGUCAUCUAUAUCUGUUGUGCUUAUUACUUCUUCAAAAAACUCUAACAGAGUAGUUAAACAUGAUUUAUUUUUCACAGAACCAUGUUGACUCUGCCAGAUUCCGUUAUGAUUUUCAAGUCCCCUCCUACAACCAUAAUCUUGGAUUCCAGCAAGUAAACUACUUGCAACAUUGGCUUUAUUCUAUACGUUCCUGCACUUUGUUUCUGUUCUUUCUUAAGUAAAGCUAUUCUAUUUGCUAUUUCCCAGUCUGCUGGUAUUGUUUCAGAACCAAAGAAGUUUGGAAGAUAAUCACUUUUGCUGCUCGCUUUGCAGCCACUUUUAAAAACCAGGAUUGUAGUUGAUGAAAAUGGUAACCCAACACGCAAUCCAGCUUAAUAUGUGACAAUCAAUCCUGGUGGAUGUAACUAUGCAUAGUUAACUGUGUGUGAGUCCAUGCUAAGUUAUAAUAGCCAGAAUAUGCUGGAUGUACAGUGAAGUAGGCCAGUUGUUGAUCUUUUCCUGCUUUGAUGACACACUGAAGAAUGCUUGAUUGUUAUUGGAUGCUUAAUUGUGAUCUUGGAAAGCACAGAACUAAUUAUUUCUUGGAUGCGUAAUGGAGGUGGCAAUCUAUUCAAAUUCAAGACAAUUGUUCAACAGACUGUUCUGUAACAUCUUACAUUUACACAGGUCCUAUUAUCACCAUGGUAGGUCCAAGCGUAUAUUACUGUCUCGUCUCUUCCAGCCAAUGAAUCUCCGCGAGGAUAGAACUACUGGGGUUGGCCGCUCCAGUGACAUUACCUGCAAGAGCCAGAGACUGAUGCUUCAGGCAGGUCUUAUUCAGCCAGCCAAUACAGGCUGCUUUCACUAUCUGCCGUAUACAGUUCGAGCCAUGGAGAAACUUGUCCGUGUGAUUGAUAAAGAAAUGCAAUCCAUUGGGGGUCAGAAGGUGAACAUGCCCAGCCUCACCUCAGCAAGUCUGUGGAAGACCAGUGAACGUUGGGACCUUCUGGGGAAGGAACUAUUCAGACUGAAGGAUAGGCAUGACAUGGAAUACUGUUUAAGUCCAACACACGAGGAGGCAGUGACCGAGCUAAUUGCCAUGCAGGGUAAUCUCUCAUAUAGACAGCUACCUUUGAUGCUUUACCAAGUGACAAGAAAGUUCCGAGAUGAGCCAAAGCCACGUUUUGGUUUGCUCCGUGGACGAGAGUUCUACAUGAAGGAUAUGUACACGUUUGAUGUCUCGGAAGGAGCUGCCAUGGAGACCUAUAAUCUUGUUUCCCAAGCUUACAGUUGUAUCUUUGGCCAGCUGGGAUUGCAGUUUGUAAAGGUGCGGGCGGACACCGGCAACAUUGGUGGGAAAAUGUCUCACGAGUUCCAGCUGCCAGCUGAUAUUGGGGAGGAUCGCCUUUUAAUGUGUUCUGACUGCCAUUUUGCAGCCAAUGUUGAAGCAAUGACGGACACUGAAACAAACUGCCCACAGUGUCAUGGAAAGCUGAAAGAAAGCAAAGGCAUUGAGGUGGGACACACUUUUAACCUUGGGACAAAGUAUUCAUAUAUUUUAGGUGCCUCAUAUUCCAACACUGAGAAUAAGCCUGUUGUAACCGAAAUGGGUUGUUUUGGCCUUGGAGUCACACGAAUACUAGCCGCUGCCAUAGAGGUUUUGUCAACGGAAGAUGAGAUUCGCUGGCCAAGCCUCCUGGCCCCUUACCAAGUGUGCAUCAUUCCACCUAAGAAAGGCAGUAAAGAAGAACUGAGCCUAGGACUGUCUGAGACGUUGUAUGAUACUUUAAUAGAUGCUGUCCCCCAGCUUCAUGGAGAGGUGCUCUUGGAUGACCGAAGCCACCUGACUAUAGGCAAGAGAUUGAAAGAUGCCAGUCGUCUGGGUUACCCAUAUGUUGUAAUUGCAGGGAAGCGAGUUUUGGAAAAUCCACCAGUUUUUGAAGUCAGCUGUCAAAACAAUAGAAAGACAGUAUUUCUCACACAAGAAGGUGUUUUGGACUUACUGAGAAAUGUGAAGAUUGUUUAGUACAUGCCAUUAUUUUGGAUAGGGCCAUCUACAACGGUGAAAGUGCUUUACUAUGGUUUGCAGACCCUUGAAAUCAAGUCUUUUUGAAAGUGUACGGCAAAGGAAAUAGUUCACAAUGAUAUAUCUGAUGUAAUUAUGUUGUUUCCCUUAUGGUGGGGGACUGUUAAGAUUGUUAAGCUAUAUCACAGGAAGUAACAAUCAACUCAUUUUUAUAUGAAUCACAUUAGAGAGAGAGACAUGUACUGUUUUGGAGAAUGCAGUGUAGCAAUUGAAACUUAAGCAGACAAUAGGAUCAGUAACAAAGCAAAGCUAAAUAAAAACUAAAAAUUUAUACCAAGAAUACCUUGUACGCAGUACUGUAAUUGGUAACUUUUGUAAGUCUUAUAUGAGAAUUAUUGUGUAUCAAAUGUGCAGGUUUGUUGGGUUACUUCUGCUUUGUUGCUGAAAUGAACACAUUUCUACAAUCAUGCUUUUAUUCUAGAUUGUUCCUGUUCUGGUGGAGGAUCAUUUAUUUCGAUCCUGUGCUGAUGUGUUCAUUAAUCUUAUGUUCUACUGAUUGGAAGAGUAUACAGAUCAUGUAAUGUCUGAAUUCGGAGAAGAUUGUCUGAGUAAAAUGAGGAUUUUGUUUUAA